AUGUCCAGCGCCAACAGAAUCCAGUCGUUCGGCAAGAAGAAGUCCGCCACCGCCGUCGCCCACGUCCAACAGGGCAAGGGUCUCCUCAAGAUCAACGGUUCCCCCAUCACCUUGGUCCAGCCCGCCGUGCUUAAGGACAAGGUCUUUGAAGCCCUCACCAUUGUCGGCCUCGACAAGUUCGCCGGCAUUGACAUCAGAAUCAAGGUGUCCGGUGGUGGUCACGUCUCGCAAGUCUACGCCAUCCGUCAAGCCAUCGCCAAGGGCCUUGUCGCUUACCACCAAAAGUACGUCGACGAAGCCUCGAAGAACGAAUUGAAGAAGAUCUACACCGAGUUCGACAAGACCUUGUUGGUUGCCGACAAGAGAAGAAUGGAACCCAAGAAGUUCGGUGGUCGUGGUGCCAGAGCCAGAUUCCAAAAGUCGUACCGUUAA